AUGGAACCCACCAUGAAUCUGAUUCCCACUCCAAGCUCCGCCGUCGACGAAAUGACCAAACUGCCCUUGUCCUCACCACACAGCAGCGAGGAGGACGAAGGCGUUGACUUGGGGCAAGAAAGAGAAUCCGAGUCAAAUGAAGCUUUUGACACUGAGAAUGGUUCAGAAUCUGUAGACAAGAACCAAUCCACUGAAACCGUAGAUGUAGUUAGAGAAAAAGAUUUACAGACAGAACCUGAUUCAUUGGACGAUGAUGUGGAGAUCGUGUUCAAGAAGCAGCAUAAGUAUUACAUUUACUGUCCCUGCUGUGGUGAAGACAUCACCAAAACAGUCAAGCUCGUGAAGAUAUCCGAUGUCCAACCUACAGAAAACAGUGAAACUGAGAAUGAAGCUAUCGACACUAAGAAUGGUUCAAGAUCGAAAGACAAGAAGGCAAAGUUUCCAUCAUGGUUCCCUGUUAAUCUUCAGCAGUUGUUUCUUUCUGUUUAUGGCCACAACAAAGACAAAGGUAAGAAAGAAGUAGUUUCAAAGUCACCAGUAUCUUGCAUCGAUCUUGGUAUCGAUGAUAAGGAACCGAGCAUGGAUGUUAGUAUUGAGAAAGACAGACCGAGUUUUCCAAAGUGGUACCUUGAUGUUUUUGCUUGGUUGUUCCUCUGUAUUAUUAUUGCUCUAUUCUUCCUUUUCACUUCUCCACAGCAGUCACCCUCAGUCCUUUCUACUUCUCUACCGCCUUUCAUUCCGCCACAUCUGCAGUUGCCUUCUGUGUCCUCAUUGCAGUUGCCUUCCGCUUCUGUACUUUUGUUACUUCCCACGUUUGCGGUGUUGUUUCUUGUCAUUAUGGCAAUGCGAACCCGUUACAGUCCGAGAUUUCACAAGGAGAAAGGCGACAAAAAGGUCGAUUCCAAGUCUAGUGAUACCACUGGUGAAGAACAGAGUCGAAAAACUCAAUAUCAGGAUGACCAAGCUGCAGAUCCUGGUCAAGAUUCUGACAAGAAAACAGACAACCAAAAAGUUCACCCAGCUCCGCUAGAUACUUCACCACAUGAGCAACCAUCUAUGCAAAUAGCCAAUAAGGAAACUCAUGAAAAUGCAGCAAAAACUCAAGCAGAACCUGGGUUGCAAUCUAAUACUCAACUAGAGAUCCCAAAUAGUGUUGAACAUCGUAAAGACGGUACUAAACUCGAAAUCCUAAAAAGUGUUGUGUAUGGAGGUCUUACAGAAUCCAUCACAAGCCUUUGCACAGUAUCAUCUGCAGCCGCGUCUGGUGCUUCGACCCUGAACGUUUUGGCCUUGGGAGUUGCCAAUUUGUCGAGUGGUCUUCUUCUGAUUGUUCACAGCCUCCAAGAACUCAUAAAUGAGAAACCCAGAAAACGAACCAGAACCACCGAUAAUCAGACAAAUUCGGAAGAAGAAGGAGAUCGGUACGAGGAAAUCCUCGGAAGAAGAGAGAAGUCGAAGCUUCACAGUUUGAUCGCAAUCUCGUCUUUCCUCAUCUGCGGGAUGAUCCCACCUCUGGUAUACGGUUUCUCGUUCCGAACAAGAAUCGAAAAGAGACAAGAGUACAAGACCAUAGCUGUUUACGCAGUGUCUCUACUCUGUGUCGUCUUGCUCUCAAUUGCUAAAGCUUACGUCUCGAAGAGACCAGAGUAUCUCAAGACUCUGUUUCGGUACACGACAAUGGCGACGACGGCUUCGGGAUUCUCUCAAUUCGUGGGAUAUUUGGUCAGUCAAUGGCUUGAGAAAAGCGGGUUUUAUGAUGAUUCUCCAGAAACAACUCCACGAGUUUGA